AUGCAGAAGCAUUGUGAAUCUAAUGUAGAUAUCAUACGUUCAGGUACACGUAUACGUGAAAGUAUACGUUGUUUACCAAAAGGACAUUUUCAACAAAUUCGACAAAUGUUUGAUAAACAAUCAUGUUCAAUGAAAAAUUUAUCAACAAUUCAUGAACGACAACAAAAAUCGAAAUCAUUAUAUCCAUCACAUGUUUUACUUAAAUUACCUGUUACUGAUGAUGAAAAAUUGCAACAUACAACAACAACAACAACAACAACAACAACAAAUAUCGAUGAUAUUAUUAUAGAAAAUGAGAAAUCAAUUGAAGAACAAUAUCAAAUAUUUCGUACAAAACUUAUAAAUAAAACAAUUGAAAAUUGUUUAUCAUCAUCUUUAAAACAAGAUGAACAAUUAUUGAAAUUAAAUUCAUCGUUAUCAAAUGAAAAUCAUUUUCAUACAGACACAAUUUCAUAUACACCAUCAUUAUCUCAACAAUUUAUAUCUCCUAUUGAACGUGAAAAAUCCAUAUUAACAUUUGAUCAACGUCGUCAAUUAGCUAUGGCUUCAGCUAUAAAUUAUGCUGAUAGUUAUGAAUCUUCAUCAACAUCAACACAUUUAAAUCGUAUGGGUAGUACACGUCAAUAUGUUUCAAAUUUACAACGUACAUCAGCUGUUCAUGCUAAACCAGUUCUUGUUAAAACUACAUGUAAUAUAUUAAAACAUGAUCCAAUAAUAACAUAUGAUACAAAUAAUAAUAAUAAUAAUAAUAAUAAUAAUAAAUUAUUUCAAUCAUCAACAUCACUUUCAUCAACAGGUUAUGAUUCAAAUUCAUCACCAUCAAUUAUAUCAAAACGAAAUUCACUUAUAACAGAUCGUUAUAAUGAUCAUUCAUUAUCAAGUGAUGAAAUAUUCGAUAGUACUUCAUUGAUUAGUCGUUCAAAUACUAAAUUAAAUCAUUCUCCAAUAUCUCUUAUUCGUCAUCCAACAAUUCAUAAUUCAUCUAAAUUAGAUUCAUCAUUAACUUCACCUAAAUAUAUUGUUCAAACAACUUCAUUUCCUGAUAGUACAAUAAAUGAUUAUAAUAAAACAUUUUCUUUAAAACGAAAACAUAAAUUUGAUUCAAUUGGUUUUCAAAUUCAACAACAAUCUCCUAUUCAUACUCCAAUUGUUGUACAAAAAUCUAUUAAUCAACGUGAACAAAGUCCAUUACCAAUUGUUGAAAAUCCAUUAUUUCAACAAUUACCACCAAGAAAACCACCACGAACAUUUGAACAUGAAAAUUCUAAUAAUUAUAUAUCAAAAACUAUCGAUCAAAAACUACCAUCAUCUUCGUCAUCAUCAACAAGUGAUUCACCUACAUUUGAUCUCGGUGCUCGUUCGAUUAGUUGUAUGGAUUUGACUGUUGGUGUUUCAAGUGCUCUAUUAUCAAGUGGUCUUUUACCAUUAGAUAAAAAUUCUAUAGAUAUUGAAUGUAAAUCAAAUAUAUUAUUUGAUAAUACAAAAAAAUUUCUACCAAAUGAAAAUAUUUAUGAAGAAUUACAAAUACCUUUAUCAACAUUUGAUAAAAAAAAUAAUGUACAACAAUAUAAUAAAAUACAAACAAUGAAAAGAUCAUCAAAUGACGUGACAUUUCAUACACCAAAAACAAAAAUAAAUCAUUCAUUAAUACAUACAAAAUCUGUUAUGAAGAAAGGCAUUAGUGAACCAAAUCUUGCUAAAACAAAAUCAUCAUCAUCAUUAACAUUUUUUUCACCACGUGCUCUUAUCGAUCGUUUUAAACGUAUUCUUCCAUUAUCAUUAUCAAAACAAUCAUUAAAUGAUACGAAUACUAUGACAAUAGAUAGUGAUGAUUCUAUUAGUAUAUCAUCAGAAAGUAAUGAUCAUAUUCGAACAUCAAGACUUGAUCAUGUUAGUCGAGUCAAAAAUGUUUAUGAUUCAUUAAGUAUGUAUAAUGAAUUUUACUUUAUGCAUAUUUUUUUAACUAUAUUUUUCAUCUGAUGUGUCUUCCCAUGUCGCAUUAUUCAUGAUAUACUUGCAAUUACCGGCGAUUUUUUGUCUGAUUUGAGUUAUAUGACUCUCUUUGUUUUCAUAUUUCAUUGACAAAAGACUUGAGACGAUUUCUAAAAUAAUAAUUAUGAUCUAUAGGUUUACCUUUAUCUACACUAUGUAGAAAAACAGAAACAUUUGUUUUGAAGGGAUAUAGAAAACAACUUCGGCGAAUAUUAAUUAUUGGUGAUGCAUCGUCAUUAAAAUCACUGUGACUCAUUAUAAUAUUUUUUUUACUCAGUCUUGCUUUUGUCCAUCAUUAAGCUAAUGAUGCACUCAACAUGAUGUCACUUGUCUCAUCUUUAGACAAUAUAUUCUAUUGGAGCAUGACAGAUCGAGAUAUCCUAGGUAUAAUAACUUCAUAAAUCGUCGUAAAUCAGACAGAUGCAGCUUGUAGACUAAAAUAGCCACAAUUUUUAUUUAGUAUAAAUCGAUUUUAUUAUCUACCUUUCAAAAACUUUUUAAAGUAGGAAUUGAAUUAUACAUAUAAAAAAUAUUAGAACUAAAUCUCCAAAAAGAAUCUCAUGGUAUGUGAUUGAAGAAGAAGGCAAACUUUUGUAUCACAUACUUUAACAAAUCUUCUAUUAUCCAUUUCAAAGUAUAUUAUUCUUCACUAUUUUUUGAAUAAGUUUUGAUAGGAACAUUAUAGAGACUUG